AUUGGAGUUGAAACUGGAGACAUCAACGCGGUUCAGAUCCUGCUCCGAGCAGGCGCAGAACCAGGGCGGGUCAACCCAGUGUUGAAAACAAGCGCAGUUCAUGCAGCUGCAGGCCAGGCCAGGCCUGAUAUGCUUAAAGCACUAGUUGACUAUUCUGGUCCUGAAUGUAUGAAUGUAUUGGAUCGGUCUGGUCGUAUUCCUCUCCAUCUCGCUGUGCUCGCGUGUAAAAAGAAUCCAGACAAAGGACUUCAAUGUGUCAAGAUGUGUAUUGACCAUGGAUCAAAUAUUAACUGUCUGGAUAGGAAAGGGGGACAGACCCCUUUAUACCUGGCAGCUUCAGAGCAAUGUUUACCCGUUCUUAAACUGCUCUUAGAGCAAGGAGCAGACGCUAGUAUUCCAUGUCAGGGAAUGUCAACUCGACAACUAAUCACUGACAGCUUCUCAGCAGCAGAAGUAGAUCAGUUGGAUCUCAGCAGCGUCACGGAGAGUUCAGAGAACAGCUUCGAUGAGCUGCUUCGUCUAGUGGAUAUAGCCGAACUUGAUGGUCCCGACGAUCCCACGUUUAGAAAAGCUUUAAAUAAAGCUUCCAUCAGAGAGGUUGAUUCAAGUGGUGGUUCAGUCAAGAAAAGUCUGGUUCAACUGUGUGCAGAAAGAGGACUAGAUAGUUACUUGAAGCUGAUCUUGGAGAAGGGUGGAGACCCAAAUACGACCACGCCUUCAGAAUCAGCCACGCCUUUGAUUCUAGCCGCGAAAUCUGGAUUCGGCGAAAAUAAUCUUCUGGUAAACGGUAGUGGUGAAGCUAGUAGGUUGAAAAGAGGAAGUAGAGUUGAUGUAUACAGGACGGAUAGUACAGGAAGUACUGUACUGCACAUUGUACUCCGUAAACCCUUCUACGCUCUAGACACUAGGUAA